AUGAAGCUCCGCAAAGCAGGCAUUGAGGCUGUCCACAUCAACUGUUUGCUGUUGGAGUCACUUUUUCUCGCUCGCUUUCUGCACUCAGUCACAGUAUCCAUUGACGAUAUAGAGGUUAAAGCUUGCUUACGGCCCUUGGGGAGCCAAUCGCACUGUUUGGUGAGGGGCCUGCUGAGAGAGGAGAGAGAACACCUACUUGGGGGCCAUCUGUUUCCAUCCUCAGGCCACAACACCUACGUGGGGGCCAUCUGUUUCCAUCCUCAGGCCACAACACCUACGUGGGGGCCAUCUGUUUCCAUCCUCAGGCCACAACACCUACGUGGGGGCCAUCUAUUUCCAUCCUCAGGCCACAACACCUACGUGGGGGCCAUCUGUUUCCAUCCUCAGGCCACAACACCUACGUGGGGGCCAUCUGUUUCCAUCCUCAGGCCACAACACCUACGUGGGGGCCAUCUGUUUCCAUCCUCAGGCCACAACACCGACGUGGGGGCCCAUCUGUUUCCAUCCUCAGGCCACAACACCUACGUGGGGGCCAUCUGUUUCCAUCCUCCGGCCACAACACCUACGUGGGGGCCAUCUGUUUCCAUCCUCGGGCCACAACACCUACGUGGGGGCCAUCUGUUUCCAUCCUCGGGCCACAACACCUACGUGGGGGCCCAUCUCUUUCCAUCCUCAGGCCACUCUGACUAUGUGCUGCCAAUGGCACCGUCAAACUCUGGAGUCUGUACAGUGAGGAGCCUGUCGCUGACAUCGAGGGCCACUCCUGAGGGUAGCGCGAGUAGCCUGGCACCCCUGUGGAUGCUUCCUGGGCACCACCUGGCCCAGGAGGAGAUCCUGCACCAGGAGGGACACAGUAAAGGAGUCCACGACCUGCACUUCCACCCGGACGACUCUGGUAGGCACUGGAGAUUUACAGCAUCGACUUCUCUCCCAACAGCCAAUGACGGUCACUUCCUCCUGACCGGGGCCUGUGACAACACAGCCAAGGUGUGGACCCAUCAGGGCGGGCCACGAGGGCAAGGUGAUGGGCGUGGACAUGCCACCUGCUCCUACGACCGCACCUUCAAACUCUGGAUGUCAGAGUGAGCAGGGGAGGGAGUAUCACCCAUAGAAAGAGAAUGGCAUUCUAUGGUACCUUCUUUUUCUAUGGUAAUACCGAACUGUCAUCCCAUACAAAUAGAAGAUCAUAAAAUAUUAGCAUUUUCACAAUUGACGGAUAAGUCUUUGAACAUCCUAAAUAUUCUGAAUUGUACACUUGUCUGAUUUACAUUUAGUAGAUGGUUAAAUUAUUAUUGAACAACAACGUUAGUCUCUUGAUGUCUACAACUUUGAAGCUGUCCUUUCUCCCAGAUAAUUUGUUAAAUAAUAUGUUUUAGGUGAUUUGUAAACAUGAGUCAGUUGGUGUCAGAAGUCGAUCCUUUUGUCUAGUUUUUAAUAAAAACGAUAACUCCA